AUGUCAUUGUUCUCUCAUCAGCACAAUCAUCAUCUCAAAAUGUCUACAAUUCUACUCUUUAUAACGGUGUUGUUGCUGUUUGUUUCAACGAUGAGUUGCAUCAACAAUACUACUACCACCACCAAUACUACUACCACCAACGAUGAUAACAAUAUAAAGAGAGACAACUAUACUUCUAUAAUACCAUCAACAUCAUCGUCAUCGUUAUCUGAUAAUAGUAAUGAUACUCGUAAACAUGGUGGUAACAAUAAUAAUAACAACAAUAAUAAUAAUAAUAAUAACAACAAUAUUAACGGAAAUAAUAAUAACAAUAACAAUAACAAUAACAAUAACAAUAACAAUAACAAUAAUAAUAACGGAAAUAACAACAAUAACGGAAAUAACGAUAACGGAAAUAACAAUAAUAACAAUAACGACAAUAAUGGAAAUAAUAAUCAUGAUAAUGGAAACAAUAAUAACGGAAACGGUAACCAUAAUGGAAAUGGAAACCAUAAUGGAAAUGAUAAUGGAAAUGAUAAUAAUGGAAAUGACAAUGGAAACAAUAAUAACGGUGAUGAUAAUAAUGGAGAUAAACCAAAACCAAUCACAACGGUUAGUAUUACAACUACAUAUAGUAUUACAACCAAUAAUGGAGCGUCAUCAUCUUCAACUAGUUCAUCACCCAAUGGAGAAGGAACGGGAUCGCCAUCUUCUUCCUCUACUUCAUCUACUACUGGACCAGCAUCUACUUCCUCUACUUCCUCUGUCACCUCUGCCUCAACAGGACAGACACCAGUUCCUGUUCCACCAGAUGGAUCAUCUUCAUCUUCAUCUUCAUCCCCAACUUCAUCUUCAUCUUCAUCGUCAGUAACUACAUCGUCAGUUACUACAUCAAAUAAUGGACCAAUUGAACCAACGUCCUCAUCUUCAUCAUUUGAUUCAUCUGAUGCAAGUGACUCUGAUAGUGAUAGUAAAGAGAAUGAAGAAUGGGAUAAUAAUAAUGAGCCAAUGAAAUGUUAUAAUGUACCAAAUGAAUUUAUUAAACCAACAAAGAGAUAUAUGCCAAAUCAAUGUUCAUUCCUUCAACAAGAUGAUUCAAAUGAAUUAAGUUGUUGUACGGCACAAGAUAAAAUCAACUUCCCAGAUAGGGAUAGCGUUGUUUAUAAUCAAGUGGAUGGAAUGUUUGUUGAUUGUUUUGAUCGAAAGAUAUCCAAUUACACCUACAAGACUGUAGAGUUGAAUGGAUCGACACCAGAUUUGACAGCUCCAUUCCAAGACUUUAAUGUAGUGGACAAUAGACAAGCCUAUCAAACAUGUGUCGAACAUCUCUACUCUCUUCAAUGUAUAAGAUGUAGCGUCGAUCAUAAAUCGAUACUUGGUCGACCAUUUAUACCCGAAAAGCCAUUUAUAUUCAACUCUACCAUUCCACCACUAUUUUAUAUCUAUCUCAACGAAUCUGGCCUAUAUCAUGAAGCCUAUGAGAAGUAUAAAAAUUCAUCAAAACAUAAUAAUAAUGGUAAUCAUAAUGGUAACGGUAACGGAAAUGGUAAUGUAAAUUAUUUAAAACGACAUAAAAGAGGUUAUGGGGGCUAUGGUAAAAAUAAGAAAAAUCCAUAUCUUGGAAAACCUGUUGUACUUUGUCAAAGCUAUUACGAUCAAUUGUCAGAGUAUUGUCAAUACGUAAAGAUUAGAGGUAUUCCAUUCCAAGAUAUGUUUUAUACACCAAUUACAAACAACUUUAUGGGUAAAGCUCCAGACUCUGGCUACCAAAAUGAACAAAUCAAAACGGUUCUUUCACUCGAUGGAAUAGACACAUUUUUGGUUUCAGAUCGUAACUGUUUCUUUAGACCUCUUCCAGAUCUACCAGAAUACGAAUGUUCGGUCGUCACUGCAGCUCAUAGAUGGAUCAAUCCCAACCUUCCAAUUCCAAUGGGUGCUGAUCAAUAUAAAAGUGAUUCCUCGAGGAAUCACAAUCCCAACAACCACUUUGUAUAUUUUAUUUCAACCACCAUUGCAUUGAUAACUUUAAUAAUAGACCAAAAGACAUCAAAUCAAUAA